AUGGCUGUCGCGACUAGCAACCAAAUUCUGUCUUGGAUAGACUUGGGAGGGCUGUGUUUCGGAUUUUUAUCGCUGAUCCUGCUAUACAACGUCGUUUCUGCGGUCUACAACGUACGGUUCUCUCCCCUCUCGUCAAUCCCUGGACCAUGGUACGCCGCGGCAUCGGACGCAUGGUUGCUGCUCCAGUCCGCACGGCUCACCAAGUUUACCGCUCUGCACAACCUGUUCGAGCGGUACGGGCCCGUUGUGCGCGUCGGACCUCGAAAGAUUAUUUUUCUCGACCAAUGCGCGAUGCGGAGCGUGUACUGCGUCAACAAGCUGGAGAAGAGCGCGGUAUACAAGGCACUUGUCAUAGAAGAUCAAGAUCACUCAAUGACGAUUCUUCCUGAAGUGGAGCACGCAGCACGACGGAAGACGUAUGCGGCGCAUUACUCCCCGUUGAAUGUUCCGCGUUUUCAGUCGAAAGUCUACGACUGUGUUGCUCAUCUUGUCCAAGUGCUGGAGAGGCAUUCAACAAAGGGGUCAACCGACUCGAUCCACGUACUUCGCCAUCUCCUCGUGGACGUUUUCGCCAUCACCAUCUUCGGGUCUGACCCAACAGCGCUGAACAAUUGGGAAUCCGCCGGUGACGACCCCAUCGCUACUGCGGCGCGCGAUGUGCCUAUGCGGGCAAUCUUUCGCGCGGUUAUGCCGACGUGGCUGUGGAGAUGUUGUGCAUACCUCCCUAGCUCCCGAUGGCGGGCGCUGUAUCACUCCGAAAGCUUUCUAUCAGCCUUCGUGCGCAACAGCCUCGAAGACCUGCGAAAACAUGACACCGAGGCGACCUUCGACGAACCUGUCCCCCUCAUGCCGCGGUUGCUAUUGCAGCGGGAUAAAAAAGGAUACAAUACGCUCUCAGACCAAGAACUGGUGUUAGAGUGUAUGUCCCACUUGACCGCUGGGGUGGACGCGUCUUCAACGACGUUCGGGUUCAUGCUCUGGGAGCUCUCGCGGCGUCCCGACGUUGUACUCAAGCUCCGGAGUGAGCUGGAUAGAAUCGUGCACGACAGACACACGCUCCCCGACUAUGCGGUCCUGCAGAAACAGCCGUAUCUCUCCGCGUUUCUCAACGAAGGACUCCGCAUGUACGGCGCGGUUUCAUCCAUGCUUGAACGAGUCGUGCCCGCGCGUGAGGACGUCUUCGACGUUAUGGGCCACGCGCUCCCGCCCGGAACCGUGGUCGGCACGCAGGCGUGGAGCAUGCAUCGAGAACCCACUGUUUUCCCCAGCCCGGAGUGCUUUGAUCCAGAGCGGUGGCUCCCCGUGCCUCAACGCGCGGACGACGACGCGCGCGUUGCCAGAAUGCAGAAGCAUCUCAUGCCCUUCGGCGCGGGCACGCGCGUGUGCCCGGGGCGGUACCAAUCGCUCCUCCUCGCGCGCGCAAUAUUCGCCGCACUCGUGAUUAACUUCGACAUCACUGCAGACGAACGUGAGACGAACACGACGACUAUGGCACCACGCGAUUCCAUACUGGUGCGCCCCGCGGCGAUGGAGUGUAGGCUUACGUUUACCUUGCGGGUGUCGUGA